UCUGAGGCGCAACCCAAGCAAGCAAAAGCAACAAGCAAAACAAAAUGGCUGGCUGGCUGUAAUAAUGUUCUAAAUACUGUGUCUAUAAAGAUUUAAAACAAUGUAAUUUUUUUUAAUAUCGAAUCAAACCUCAAAAUGUCUGCUUUACAAAAGAGUAUAAUUAAAAACAAAAUGCCACCUCGAUGCCCAAGAACAUCAGGUGUCGCCAAGUUAGCUCCUUUCGGUUCUGCUCGCCGCAAGGAUUAUACCCCGGUAUCAUGGCGCCAAUAUUUCGACAAGUUCGUAGAUGUAGAGACAGAAGGUGGGACUUUCCGGGUCUAUCUUUCUCCAGAGCCAGCUCACCCGAAUCGGCCGAGGAUUAUUACCCUACACGGAGGUGGCUACUCUGGUCUGAGCUGGGCGUUGUUUACUGAAGAGAUUACCAAUAUGAUUGACUGCCAGGUUGUAUCUAUGGACAUUAGAGGACAUGGGGAGACCAAGGCAAAGAACCCGGAAGACUUGAGUGCUGACACUUUGGUCAAAGAUGUGGAUUUGGUUCUCCAAAAGAUAUUUGGCAAUGAGAUGCCAUGUUUAAUUCUCGUGGGACACUCGAUGGGUGGAGCAAUAGCGGUCCGGGCCGCUAAACUGCCAUCUUUGAUGCCGUAUAUUGAAGGCUUGGCUGUUAUAGAUGUUGUAGAAGGGACAGCUAUGGAAGCUUUGGCCAGCAUGCAGAGUUUCCUAAGAGGAAGACCAAGUCACUUUAAAAGUAUAGAACAUGCUGUUGAGUGGUGUGUACGCAGUGGCCAAGUGAGAAAUGUGGACUCGGCUAAAGUGUCCAUGCCCAGCCAGAUUGUUAACUGUGAGACGGGCCUGUUGGCGACUAACGAGGUGGAGUCGUACACGCCGGCCGACGACACGAGCGAGCCCGCGCCGACGCGGCACGCACCGCUGCCGGACCGCAUCGACGAGGAGGAGGAGACCGACUCUGAAGCCUUCACCAGGCCCGGCGCCGUCGGUGACGGAGCUGCCUCCAUGAGAUACAAAUGGCGGAUAGACUUGUCAAAGACGGAGUUGCACUGGGCGGGGUGGUUCAAGGGCUUGUCAUCAGAGUUCCUGUCAGUGCGUGCGCCGAAGCUGCUGCUGCUGGCAUCCAUAGACGGUCUGGAUAGGGAGCUCAUGGUCGGACAGAUGCAAGGAAAAUUCCAAAUGCAAGUAUUGCCACGCUGCGGGCACGCCGUACACGAAGAUACUCCGAGUGAGGUCGCGCGUGCUGUAGCAGGGUUCGCCCUGCGCUACCGGCUGACGGAACCCACGGAGAACGGAGAACUUAUGCAGCUAAUGCCGAAGCCCGGAUGCUAGGCACCUAGUAAAUUACAGUAACAUAUAACUUAAGGUGGAGUAGGUAAGUGUUUAACAAGGAGAUAAAUGUUUUAAUUACACAUGUGUACUAGAUGUAGACAAUGCGAUAUUUUUUUAUUUAAUUCGCUGCCGUUGCACUGUCACUUUUACUCACUAGAUGCGCUAACGUUUAAAGCCGAUGAUGACAAAUCUUGAACAAGAUAUACGUACACACACAUGUGUAAGUGACAUAGUAACGAAUAGUGAGGGGCAUGAUUAAGCAGGUGGAAUAUUGUAUCGGAAAAUUCAUGAAAAAAUUAGUUUUUUUUUAUGAUUUCUCAGUUAUAUACUUAUGCGACAGAAAAUUCCACUUGAUAUCAAAGAAGAAUCAUGGUCUGAGUCAUCCCUCAGUUUUUGUUACGAUGUCACUAACACCCCUAUAAUCAUAGUCAGGCGAGAAAUGCCUUAUCAUUACGUAUUUCGAUUGUGCCCGGAGGAUUACUGACUUAUUAUUGCUUGUUUUUAUUAUUAUUGUUACUUAAACCACUAAAGCGGUUAUGAAAUGUAUUUAUUAUUGUACAAGUUUUUUCCAUCCAUAUUAAAUCGGAGUAGUUAGUUAUAUUAUUUACAAUAGACAAAGCAUUUUGUAGUUUUACUGUGCAUAUUUAAUAAAAUUUACCUUAAUAAAUGUGAAUAGAGUAUGUAUAUUACGGAAUUUGAUCUAUUUUAAAUUAAACUUAUCCAUCAAGUUUGAAAUCUUAAUGCAUCGAUUUAUUUAUUGAAUGACUAUGUAAUGUAAUGCAGGCCAAUAAAGUGAUAAUUUAUUUAUUUUA